UUUGCUAUUGCUACCACAGACCAACUUAUCACGUUAUCACUGAUUACUGCUUCUUCUAUCUCUUUUCCUCAUCCCAUUUUGAUUUUCAUUUUAUAAUAAUUCUUUGCAUUUUAUAAUUUUCAUUUCUUUCUUAUCUAAUUAUUGUUCAUUUGCUUUGUCUCCUACUUCAGUAGAUAUAAUCUCUCUGAUUUGUGUUCCAAACAGUAAUUCAUCGAUUUAGUUAAUUAUUCAAAUUAAAAACAAUGAAAAAUUAUGAAAUAUUGUGGAACAUGAAGUAAUAACUCUAUAAAUGCUGUAAUAUCAAGUCGUCUAUUUACCAUCACUACACGGAUAUUGUAUGGAUUUGACAACACUUAUAGUAAUAGUUUCAUAUUAGGCACAAGAAACAAAAAAGUAGAUAAUAUGUCCUUUUCCAUAUGUCUUCUUCAAACUAUUGCUUUUUUGGACCUCUUGGCAGUAGGCCUUAUCGUACCACUUGUGCCUGGCCAUGUACGGAAAAUGGGUGCAAAUCACAUAUAUGUGGGCUUACUUGGAUCUAUCUAUGCUGGUUUUCAGUUGGGAUCAGGCCCACUUAUAGGCAGUUUGAGUGACCUUAAGGGCCGAAAAGCAAUAUUAAUGAUGACACUACUUAUAUGUGCUUUAGCUUACACAAUUAUAGGGCUCACCCCUUCUAUUGCAAUGAUUCUAGUCAUUCGAGCUGUUUUAGGUUUAUUCAAACAAACUCAGAUGUUGACUAAAGCUCUAGUACCAGACUAUGAAAAAAAUGAACAGAAGCAGUCGGGUAUAUAUGGAAAAAUGGCUGCAAUUUCAGGUGCAGGUAUCACAUUGGGUCCUGUCAUUGGUGGGCAUAUAGCAGAAGAUAAUCCAGAAAAUGGUUUUACUUUUAUUGCAGUUGUUGUUGGAUUUUGCUUUAUUUUUAAUGCUGGAUUAGCAUAUUUCUUACCUAAAACAAGCAGUAAAAAACGCUCGAAAGGAAAAUCAAGCAAGAAUACUGCACCAUCCAAAAAUAUAAUACAUUCCUUCAUAGGUAAUAUCAAACAGUCUGUAAUAGAAUUAUACAAAGUUAAAUGGUCUGAAUAUUGGGAUAUAUUUUUGUUCAAAGCUUUAAUAGGAUUCACAAUGGGUGUUUAUUAUUCAAAUUACUCUUUAUAUUUAAAAACACAAUAUCAACUUACUCCAAAAUAUGUAGGUUAUGUUAUUUCAUUUCAAGGAGUAAUUGGUUCAAUAUCUAGCUUUUUCAUAGGUUACAUAAAUAAUUUUUAUACGCAUGACAUUGAUUAUAGUUUACGAAAUUUUCAUGUUUUUGUCCUAUUGAGUGUAUCAUUAUCAGGCUUAAUUGUGUCCUAUAAUGUUUUUACUUAUAUUAUAUGGUUAGUUCCUUUAGCUAUAGGCAAUGCAAUAGGUAGGCUAGUGACAUUGGAAAUGAUACUGAAGCGUAGUCAUGGUGAUCACAGAGGAACAUUAAUUGGAGCAUCAAAUAGUGUCCGAUCUCUCUCUGGAGUUAUAGCUCCCAUGGUGGCAGGAUUUAUUGGGGAGUACUUUGGAGUUGCAUAUGUUAUAUAUGCAUCUUUUUGCUCUACCAUAUUAGGUCUUGCCUUGAGUUAUCAAUAUAGAUAUAAACAACUCAAAAUUGAUUAAAAAAAUUAUACAGAUUAUUAUUAUAUUUUUGUUAUAAAAAAGAAUAUAUUAUUUAAAAAUA